AUGGGUCUAAGUCUUAAAUGGGGCGGCGUAAGGCCAUUGCUUCGCCUGAUAACGGACGCGCUUGUGCUGGGCCUGCUGCUUACCCUGGCCUAUAAGUUCCAUUAUUUUCGGUUUUUCGACCCCAAGCGGGGCUUCUUCUGCAACGAUGAGAGUCUGAUGUAUCCCUACAGGGGCGACACGGUCAGUCCCAAGCUCCUGUUUACGGUGGCCCUGGAUCUGCCUGUAACGGCGCUGAUUCUUGUGGAGCUGUGGAGGUGUAGGGAUCGGAAAUGGCGUUGGAGGAACCUGCGUUGGACACAAUUCUGGCCACUCUACAACACUCUUCGAUACUUCCUCUUCGGCUAUGGAUCACAGUUCCUGUUGUCCCGAAUGACGAAAAAUACUUUGGGCCGUCUGCGUCCGCAUUUCUUUGCCGUCUGCCAGCCCCUGCUCAGCGAUGGUGGCAGUUGUCUCGACGAGCGGCACAGGGCGGGAGGAGUUUAUCACACAAACUACACCUGUCAGCCGGAGAAGUCGAACGCUGGUCUGGAUAUGUUGUGGGCCGUGAAACUUUCGUUUCCCAGCGGCCACACCAACAUUGCUUUCUAUGGCAUGACAUUCAUGGCCCUCUACUUGCAGUGGAGGCGUGGUCGUGGAUCUGCCACAUUGUUGCGGCCCCUCUGUCAGCUCGCCAUGAUAAUGUUUGCCUGCGUUGUGGCCCUGAGCCGGCUGCUGGACUACAAACACCACUGCUCAGAUGUUGUGGCCGGAGCGUUGCUGGGCACUGGCGUUGCUCUCGUGGCCAUUCAUUUGGCUGCCGUGGAGGAGCGACUGAGAGAUGGUCAAGAUGCAAGGCAAAAGAGUGUGCCGUCUGCGAACCAAGAAUCUGAACCACAAGACCUACAAGUAUGCCUAGUGACGGCUCAUAGUUCUGACUGCAAGGCAGUAGAAAAUAGCAAACAAGAGCUGAGCUAA